UCUCAAGCAAGCAAAGUGUGAAAAUAUCAUGGCGUCGAUUUCGUCAAAUCUACUCUUAAAUUCUACAUCCCUUUCACCUCUGAGAUUCCCCAGAUUCUCGGGAUUUUCUUCUCCCUCUCCACUCUCUAGAUCCCACCGAUUUUUAAAUCGCGGAACUUUAUCGCCGGGAAUCAGAUUCGACGGAGCUAUGGCGGCGACUUCGAUGCAGGGAGUGGUGACUGAGGCCAUGAAUUUGAUCCAAACGGCGUCGCCGACCUGGAAAUCAGCUGUGGCUAAUAAUGUGUUGAUAUUCGUUCUCGGGUCACCGCUUCUCGUCACCGGAUUAUCCACUUCGGGGAUCGCCGCGGCGUUUUUGCUGGGUACAUUGACUUGGAGGGCUUAUGGCUCUGCUGGGUUUCUCUUAGUCGCUGCUUAUUUCGUCAUUAUGAUUUACAAUGUCACAGGGAACAGCGGCAACAAAGGUUAAGAUGUCUGAAAAGGAAGCACAAGGCGUAGCUGAGAAGAAGAAAGGUAGAAGAGGACCACGGAGUGUAAUUGGUUCAAGUGCUGCUGGUUGUGUCUGUGCUUUUCUUUCAAUAUAUCAAGUGGGAGGAUCAGCUUUUUCUCAGCUUUUCCGCCUUGGUUUCGUUUCCAGUUUCUGCACUAAAGUGUCUGACACCGUCUCCAGCGAGAUUGGGAAAGCUUUUGGAAAAACUACGUAUUUAGCCACAACAUUUAAGAUAGUACCAAGAGGAACGGAGGGAGCUAUGAGUGUUGAAGGAACAUUGGCUGGGCUUUUAGCAUCAUUUUUUCUUGCCUCUGUUGGCUGUUUCCUUGGUCAGAUAACUCCUCCAGAAGCAGCUGUAUGUGUACUAGCUUCCCAGAUUGCCAACCUUGGGGAAAGCAUAAUAGGUGCAUCUUUUCAAGACAAAGAAGGAUUCGAAUGGCUAAACAAUGAUGUGGUGAACGUGAUAAACAUAAGCUUGGGAAGCAUCGUGGCGAUAUUGAUGCAGCAGUUUAUACUCCAGAAUUGGGUCAAGUAA